AUGAAGGCGCUCCGCGGCGCCUGCCGGCCGCGAUAUGCAGAUGCGGCGCCAGCACACGCCCCCGCUAUCGCAGCCAGACUGGCCGCCUGGCCGCAAGAGCAGCCCGAGCCCUGCCUCUGCGCAGAUGCGUCCGUCCAUCACGCGCCAGACGUUAUCGGCUUCCGCAGCCAUGUGGCGGUGAACGGCGGCGGCGGGGGUGGAACGAGCUGCGCGAUGUUCGCGAGCGGCGGCUCUGCAUCCGGGGGUGGCAGCACGUCGGGCAGCGGCAGCGUCGCCAGCAGUGGGGGCGGAGGGGGCGUCUUCGACAGCGGCGUGGCGUCGUUCGCGCAGGCGGCGGCCGCGGCGGCGGCGGCGGCGGCCCACCAGCACCAGCACCAGCAGGCGCAGCCGCAGCAGCACCAGCAGCCCGUCUACGUGCCCUCCAGCCGGCCCGUGCUGCCCCACCACCACCACCACCAUCACCACCACGCGCAGUACGCGCCCGCAGCGGCCACAGGGGGCGCGCACGCGCUGGUGGGCGGCGGGGGCGGCUGGGCGGCGCCGGUGUCGGCGGACGGCUACAUGGCGCCGUCGCAGCACCACGGGCACGCCCUCUACCCGCAGGGCCCCGCCGUCGUCAUGUCGUCGUGGCGCGCCUACGACGGCGCCGCCUCCUUCCAGCGCGCCUCGCCCUACGACAGCGCGAUGGAGUUCCACUUCGGCGAGGGCCGCGAGUGCGUCAACUGCGGCGCCAUCUCGACGCCGCUGUGGCGGCGCGACGGCACGGGCCACUACCUGUGCAACGCGUGCGGCCUCUACCACAAGAUGAACGGCAUGAACCGGCCUCUCAUAAAGCCCUCCAAGCGCCUGACGGCGACGCGGCGCCUGGGCCUGUGCUGCACCAACUGCGGCACGCGCACCACCACGCUGUGGCGGCGCAACAACGACGGCGAGCCGGUGUGCAACGCUUGCGGCCUCUACUUCAAGCUGCACGGCGUCAACCGGCCGCUCGCCAUGCGCAAGGACGGCAUCCAGACGCGCAAGCGCAAGCCCAAGAAGCCCGCCUCCGGCGCCGCCGCCGCAGCCGCAGCCACCGCCUCCGCCGGCGCCGCCCCCAGCGCCGGCUCCACCCCCGCGUCGACAACCUCCGCCUCCGCCGCUGCCGCGACCGCCUCCUCGCCGCAGCAGCCAGUUUCCUCUUCCGGCGGGGAAUCGCCUGUAUCAGACAAGAAGAGCCCAUCUGGAGACCACCGCAGCCAUCACCUGCAGCAGCAGCAGAAACAAGAAGAACGGCAGCAGCAGCAGCAGCAGCAGCAGUACCUGGCACAGACGAUGAUCCCAGCUUGCAUCGUCAAGACGGAGCCUCCAGAAAGUGGAAGGCAGCACCACUCGUACCACCAAGGCCACCAGCAGCAGCACGUGGCGCACCAGUCGCACCACCAGCUGGCCCACCACCAGGCUGCUCAGCACCACCACCAACAGCAGCAUCACCAGCACCAUCACCACCAUCAACAGCAGCAGCAACAACACCAGCACCAGCAACACCAGCACCAGACCUUCCCAUUCGCGCCUCCAGCUGGGGACGUCAGUGCUUACAUCAUGGGUCACCACCACCAUCACCACAUGGCAGCCACCAAGUUAAUGGCAACUACUUAAAUCCGUGUGUUUUGAGUCCCCUGUGUUGGUUCGAGUUGUUGUGCGCGUCCUGGGCGUAUAAACAAUUUGUUUUUGCUAGCGUCCAGCUUUUAAAUGCGUUGAGUAACAUCGCUUAUCCAUUAUGCACCAUUAUCCAUAGAAUGUGAGCGAUAAGCGAACUGGACAAACAUUCUUAAUUAUAAUCGAAGUGCUCGAUCUGUGUUAAGCGCCUGAUUAUUUGUACAGGAUGUAACUAAAUUCUCUUUACAGACUUUGAGGAAAGGUUCCUUACAACGAGUGAAGAAAAAAACGUGUGGCAAACAUGGGCUUUAAAAUUCAUACCUUAAGAGCUAUAUAGAAGAGGUGUUUCACAGUAGUGAACGUGAGCAAGUACUCAGAGCUUAUAAAGAGUGCAUUUUAGAGCCCAUGUUUACUGGACUUUUUUUCUUCUUUUGGUUCAUAAUACCUCCUCCCAAAAAGAUUAAGUAGAAGAAGUAUGUUUCACAGUAUCGAAGAUCAAAAAUUGCUCAUAGGUCUUAAGUUAUGCGUUUUAGAAUCCGUGUUUAUUGGGAUUUUUUCUUGCUUUGAUGUAAGGAACCUGUUCUCAAAGUGUGUACAGGGAAUUUAGCUACGCCCUGUGUAUACUGCAAGCGUAAAAGUGCCAUACUGUAGAAAAAAGCGUUCUCGACCGUGUGAUCAACUUCGACUUUCGAGAGUAUUCCUCAAUCUGUCAUUGAAAAUUAAUUAUGCGACUGGCAGAAAUUAAUUAUGUAAGAAUAGGUUUUCAAGUUUCUUUAAUUUAUUAUGCACCGUGGUCUGUGUAGAAGUUUCGCAACAAAGUGUUAAGAAGUGACCUACUACGUUCUUAAUUUAUACAAAUAAAUAAAAGUUCAAGAAUAAGAACUUAAAAGUUCACUGCUAUUACGCUGUUGUAAGUGUACAUACAUUAAAAUAUUCAUAUUCUCUCCUUAGGCAUUGUGAUACACCGUUGUAACAAUUAUCAUGACAAACUGCAACGUGUUACAACACGUAGAUUACGAACAAAACGAUUUCCUGACAAUCAUCAUUUUGCAAAUGAAACUGAAUGUGCAAAACACUCUAAGUUUCGAAGUGCUGUAGUUGAGUCUUUCUUUUGCGUGGGUUAAAAUUGUUUGGAUACGAAAGCGGCAUGAAAAACAAUGCGAUUUACUAGUUGUCUGUUCUCGACCGUUCUUCGUGUGUCUUCAUCAGCGCAAAAACCAAUGUGAAUUUAUUUCUCACUAAGAGGUAUGGUGCAACUCAUUGCGAUGAUAGCAUUCUCAGUGCCUCAUAUUGAGAUAACAUCUCACUGUCAGAUAAUUUUUGGUAAAUACUCGUUAGACUAUUCAAAAAAUGUAAAUUCACAUAAUACUUCUCAAACUAUGGAUUUUGCAGAGUAAACAUCGCCUACGGAGAGGAUUUUUUUCAUGUGACGAAUGGGAAGAACUAUUUGAAUUUAUGAGUAUGGUGUUUCGUGCAUUAGAAGCUUCGAGGGCUUCCCCACCUUUUUCGCAAACUCUGAUACUAAUUUCCGAAGCGACAGCCCGGGCACACACAUGUGUUACAUCAGCCGUUAGCCAGACAAAAAGAUUAUGAACAUUUAUGAAAGAAAUGUUAACGAAUGAACUUUUUUUAUAAUGAAAUGAGCUGCAAUGUCACAUUCGUAUUUUAAGAUUUUCUCCGUCGUAAUCGAAUCAUUUAAUUUAUCCAUUGUAAUAUGAAGUGCAAUGAUCUGUCAUAAUUUAUAACAUGCUUUGCUUAAAUCACUGCAUCGAAAUAGAAAAUCACUGUUCUGCGCAACAAACAAAUAGGUAUUUGUAGUUGUACUGUAUGUAUUACAAACCAUAGUAAUAUUAGAAGUGUUGAUUCGUUUUGUAAAUGUCGUUGUAUUCCCUGUAGUCUUAA